AUGUGCACGCUCCGGUGCCUCACCGGCACAGAAGGUCGGCACGUCCUUUUCAACGUGACGGACGCCGCCGAGGCGCGGCUCGCAUGUGGUGGCGUUGCUGGUGGCGCACUCUUUGAGCGCUCGUCUGUCUACUACUGGCAGCAGCAACGGCGACCGCUGGCUGUGAAGCAUGAGGCCAUUUGCACCAAGAAGGUUGGGUUCCACGUGCUCACGUUUGGCAGCCACGGCAGCUUUCGCGCAGCAGCGCACACAUUAUGUGCAAUAGUUCGAAGAGAUUCCAGUACGGACAGCUGCACAGCACUCGAUGCAAACCACCUUCCCCCCUCGAUGCGCACAAGGGAGCUCUUCAGGACUCUCGGGAUCGGCUUCUGGCAGUGGAAGCCACACAUCAUCAUGAUGCGGCUACGCGCUCUGCCCGCUGGGGAUGUUCUCUACUACCUUGACCGCGAUACGCCUGCUCACGCCAAGCACGAAGAUGCAGCCUUCUGCGAUCACCGCCACGAUCAGGCUGCAAUCUCGCUGCUCACCAAGCAGGCGGGUGUCAAGAGCUUCCCAGUGCCUAUUGCGAAGCACGACCCACGCGACGUGUGGGCGUGGGAGGCGGGCUAUUGCGAGCCGGGGUUCAAGUGGCCGCUGGACAAUGUGGGCCUGGGCAAGACGGACUAUACUGCUAUUUACGGCCCCGUAGCAUCUCUUCGCAGCACUUGCAAGACUUUAAAGACACCGCAAGACGGCGAUUACUUUUGCCACCUGCCGGAGGCGGCGUCGCUCUUCGAUGCGCUCAACGAGCACGACGAAAAGAUGCUCGUGCUGUGCCACGAAAUCCCCGCCGGCACCGGCUCGCUUGCGCGCGGCGACAACGGGAACUCCUUUCUGGGUGCAGUUCGGCGAACUCCCAUGGCCUUCCCUUUCAUGGGCUUCGACAACAUGCGCUCGGGCCGCCAGCUCGGCGAACUGCAGCAUUAUAUUCUCGAGUGCCACGCUCUCCGCGUCGAUUCCGUCGUUUGGCUGGAGCUGGAGCAGUAG